AAGGAAAUUGUAGGGAGAGAGAAAGGGAGACGGCUUCUCUCUAUUUUGGACUGAAAAUGAGAAAUUUGUAGAGAGAGAAAGUCAAUAAUCUUUUGCUUUGCUGCUCACUGCUCUGUUCUUCUUUUUCCUUUUAGGUUCAGGUUAAGGUCUUUGGAAAGCAAACUUUGCUGUUGGCUAUGGCAGAAUGCAUGUGCUGAUACUACACUGGUGUGAUAAUCAUGGCAUAUUGCCUUGGUUUAUUUUCCUGGAAAAUUUAGCUAAAUGGAGAGAAAUCUAGGAAAAGGCAUAAUGGAUCAACAGAAGAACUAUGAACAAGUACGAUAUAAUAAUGUGGAUGCUAGAAAUGAGACUCUUGGGUCUGCAAAUCAAAGAUUUUUCCAUGAUCCAUCUAGUAAUAUUAAUACUAACAUCCGACCUCCGGAUUAUAAUAUGUCAAUGGGAGCUAGACCAGUGCUGAAUUACUCCAUUCGGACAGGUGAGGAGUUUGCUCUGGAAUUUAUGCGGGACAGGGUAAAUCCCAGGCAGCAUUUUAUUCAGAGUGCUUAUGGUGAUCUUAACAGUGGGCCUGUUUAUAUGGAUCUAAAGGGCAUUCUGGGAAUUUCUCAUACAGGUUCUGAAAGUGGCUCUGAUAUCUCUAUGCUUAACACAGUAGAAAAACCCCGUCCCCAGGAGUUUGAGAGAAAGACCCCUUCUGUACAUGAAGACAAAAGCUAUUAUGAUUCCAUCCGAUCAGUACCUCGAUCCUCUUCAAGAAAUGAUAUUAGUCGGGGACAUCAAGGGUAUGCAUCUUCAAGUGCUUCCUUCAGCGCAUCCACUAAGGUGAAGUUCCUUUGCAGCUUUGAUGGUAAAAUUUUACCACGUCCCAGUGAUGGGAAACUUAGAUAUGUUGGGGGCGAAACACGUAUCAUCCGAAUAAGCAGGGAUGUUUCCUGGCAAGAGCUUGUUCAAAAAACCUUAGCAAUUUACAACCAAGCCCAUACCAUAAAAUACCAAUUGCCUGGGGAGGAUCUUGAUGCAUUGGUCUCCGUAUCUUGUGAUGAGGAUCUGCAAAACAUGAUGGAGGAAUGUAAUGUGCUAGAAGAUGGAGGAUCGCAGAAACCCAGGAUAUUCCUUUCCUCUAGUAGUGAUCUGGAGGAGGCUCAGUAUGGUUUGGGAGGUGUGGAGGGUGAUUCUGAGAUGCAAUAUGUUGUUGCCGUGAAUGGCAUGGACCUUGGGUCAAGAAAAAACUCAAUUGCAGCAAGUACGUCAGGGAACAAUUUGGAUGAGUUACUUGGUUUAAAUGUUGAAAGGGAGGUUGAUCGGACUGUGACUGAAGCAGCUGCUACUAGUACCGCUGCUUUGACAUCUAAUGCACCUUCACCAACUGUCCAAUCUUCUCAGGCACCUUCACCAACAAUCCAAACUUCUCAACCGGUAUUGGCAAGUCCAUCUAGCACUUAUGCAUCCAGUUCACAGCCAUACUCGGAACCAAAAGUGCGUCAUGGUGAAGUGAGCCAGCAGCUGUCCUCCACUCCGCAGGUAGAUGGGAAGAGUAAUGUUCCUUUGUCUGCUCCACUGCAAUACGGUUAUGGUUCCCAACCCUCUAACUAUGUCAUGCCUGGAGAAAAUUUAGUCUCAAUGCCAUUCCAUGGGCAUGUGGCUCCCCAGGCAGGUUUAGCUGAUGAGAAAAUGUAUAUGGGCUUUCAAGUGCAAGAUCCAGAAGCAUCUGUAAAAGAGGUGAAACUAAAAAGAGAUAGCUCAGCCUCAAAAAUAAAUGAACCUGAAAAAGUUCGAUCCUUAGACAAAGCUCCACCGACAAAGGAGCCAAAAAUGAAAAGAGAUACCUCACUUCCAAAGAUAAAUGAAACUGAAAAAAUUCGGAUUUCAGAGAAAGAGUACAGUGUUCCUUCACAUGCAUAUGACAGUUCUGUUCCAAAUCAUAUUUCUGAAGAGGAAGCAUCUGUUACCAUUUCGGUGCCAGACAUUAGCUCACCUUUGUUGCCCACAAAAAAUUUCAAAAAGACCCAGGAAGCUGUGCAGAAUAUGGUGGCCUCUGAAGUUGUAACUGAAGGGAGAAAGAACAUUGAAGAUGACCACUUUUACGCAUCUGGUGGGCCCUUUACAUCUGGAGGUGGUGGUUCUGAGGCUGAUCCAGAUGACUUUAGCCGCCAUGAACCCUCUGUGAUUCCUCAACGGGUUUUUCAUUCAGAAAGAAUCCCCAGGGAGCAAGCAGAAAUGAACCGUUUGUCAAAGUCUGAUGAUUCUUUUGGGUCUCAGUUUCUAAUGACUCAAGCACGUUCUGAUUCUUCCCAACCAAUCACAGAAUCAGUUGACAAGAUUGAUGAUGGGAAUUUGGCUCCCCAAGCUGAUCAGUCUGUCACUUCUGCAAAUCCACUGCCUACAAAUCCUCAGACUGUUAUGGAUGGGCUUCCACAAUUUGAGAAGUACAAAGAUUUUUCUGAUAAAAUCAACUCCAAUAUUCCUGAGGAGGGGCGUGAAUCAACUAAGCAGAAAUCUGAAUUGAAACAAAUCACAGUUAAGAGUGCUGCUGAUGAAGAAGCAGCUGGGUUAAAUCAUCCCACAGCAAGUCAAGGAACUUCUAUUAAGCACCUUGAAGAUCCUUCCUUAAAGCCAUCUGAUUUUGAGCGAAUUGAGAAAGAUGACAACAAGAAAACUGGAAAUUAUACUAAGGGGCAUGAACACCCUUUGGUGUGGGCAGAGAACCCAAUUAGAGCAACUUCCAAUGUACAGCCUGCUGCUCCUGUCAGCACCCCAGAGCAGGGAGACAUACUUAUUGAUAUCAACGAUCGCUUUCCUCGUGAUCUUUUGUCUGAUAUAUUCUCAAAAGUAAGAAUGUCCCAGAACCUCUAUGGUAUCAGUCCAUUUCCUGGUGAUGGAGCUGGAUUGAGCUUAAACAUGGAGAAUCAUGAACCUAAGCAUUGGUCAUACUUUCGUAAUUUGGCUCAAGAUGAGUUUGUUAGAAAGGAUGUUUCCCUCAUGGAUCAGGACCAUCUGGGUUUCUCAUCUCCGCUUACAAAUGUUGAAGGUGGGGCUCCUAUCGAUUACAGUUAUCCACCUUUGAAAUCUGCUGGCACAGUUGCCUCAGGUCAUCUUAACCCACACAUCAAUUUUGGUGAGGACAUCAGGCAGGAGUCAACUGGUGUUACUGCUGCUAACAACUUGGAUUUAGGUUACAAGUCUCCGCUGAAGGGUGAUGAAAGUACACACUUAGAUGGGCCUAACAACAAAGUACCCGAAUCAGAGUAUGAGGGUGGGAAACUGGAUAUUCAGAAUGCUGGUAUAUCUCUUGUGGAUCUUUCUCUUGGAGAUUUUGAUAUCAGUACAUUGCAGAUCAUAAAAAAUGAAGAUCUGGAAGAGCUGAGGGAACUGGGUUCUGGUACAUUUGGGACUGUCUACCAUGGAAAAUGGAGGGGAACUGAUGUUGCCAUCAAGCGGAUAAAAAAGAGCUGUUUCACUGGUCGUUCAUCUGAGCAAGAAAGAUUGACUGUGGAGUUCUGGCGUGAAGCUGAAAUACUUUCAAAGCUUCACCACCCCAAUGUUGUGGCAUUUUAUGGCGUGGUGCAGGAUGGACCUGGAGGAACACUAGCCACUGUCACAGAGUUCAUGGUGAAUGGCUCUCUUAGACAUGUUUUGCUUAGCAAAGACAGGCAACUUGAUCGUCGUAAGCGGCUCAUUAUUGCCAUGGAUGCAGCAUUUGGGAUGGAAUAUUUACAUUCAAAGAACAUUGUGCAUUUUGAUUUAAAAUGUGACAACUUGCUUGUCAACUUGAAAGACCCUGCACGGCCUAUUUGCAAGGUUGGUGAUUUUGGGUUGUCAAAGAUAAAAAGGAAUACCUUGGUUACUGGUGGUGUGAGGGGAACUCUUCCCUGGAUGGCUCCAGAGCUGUUGAAUGGCAGCAGUAGUAAGGUUUCUGAGAAGGUUGAUGUGUUCUCAUUCGGCAUUGUCCUAUGGGAGAUUCUUACUGGUGAGGAGCCUUAUGCCAAUAUGCAUUAUGGAGCAAUAAUAGGAGGCAUCGUUAGCAACACAUUGAGGCCACCUGUACCAAGCUACUGCGACUCUGAAUGGAAGUUACUAAUGGAGCAGUGCUGGGCUCCCGACCCUGUGGUUCGCCCAUCAUUCACAGAGAUUGCCAGACGCUUACGUACCAUGUCCUCAGCAUGCCAGACAAAACCACAUGGUCAUCAGGCGCUGAGCCAAGUAUGUAAGUGAUGGCUCUCAGUGAUUCCCUUAUUUUGAUGCCCUCAUCGACGAAAUAUGAUAGUGUAUUUUCUUUUUUACUCCAUAAACGUUGUGUAGUAUAUGAGUAAGGGAGGAGGAGCUCCCAUUGAGAGGGUGAGAUAUGAUUUGUGUUUCGUAAGACAAAAAAAAAUUUGUUUAUAUGUAAAGUUAUUAUUUGUGUCAAUAAUAAAUACGAACUCUGUUUUGGUGCUUGUGACUAAAGUUAAUACAAAGUGCUUUUGGUUUCUCA